CAGAAAAGCGGUUUAUAUAAUAUUUAUUUCUGUGGGUAAAAUGAAAGACAUUUAAUGCUCAUUUCGUAGAAAUACUCUUUGAAAUUAAGUUUCCUUGUUCGAAUUUUCCGGUUCCUUCAGUUUACCACGUGUUUUGCUCAUUGUGAAACUGUAGUUGUCCAUAAGACGAAUAAUAAUAAAAUACGUGGGGAAUCUUGGCAGCCUGGCUGGUAAAUCAUUAUUGCAUGGCAAAUUGUCGGCCAUGUAAUAUUGUGGAUCGGUGCGUGUUUUAAUGUUUCAAGCAGUGGUGAGUGCGCCCUGUGUGCUGAGCCCUGAGCGCUGGGACGAGCUCAGCUGCGAACGAACAGGUUGUUAACCUAAUUUGUCGGGGCUGUGCAGCAGCGGGCGCACUGUGACUGUGACUGUCACUCGCUGACUGUGACUGUCCGGCCACUUGUCUCGGUGACAAUGGACUACGAGCGGACAGCGCACGCCGUGGCCGACCGUCUCCUCGGCUACACCAAGGACGGGAGCGGCUGGAAACCCUGCAAGAAAACGAACGAUGUUGUUGUGUACUGGCGGCCAUCGACCGAAUUCCCAGGGAAUUUGUACAAGGGAGACGGGCUCGUGCGCGGCGCGGUGCGCGCGGUCUGGGAGUGUCUGAAACCGGCGCCCGGCGGCCUUCGGCUCCAGUGGGACCGCAACGUGGACCAGUUCGAGCUCAUCCAGAAAGUCAGCGAAGAUAUCUCAGUCUACAGGACUGUAACGCCUUCGGCAGCUAUGGGUAUUAUAUCCCCCCGAGACUUUGUAGAUGUUGUUUUAGUUAAGCAAUAUGAAGAUGGCACCAUUUCAUCAAAUGCUACCCACGUAACUCAUCCUGGCUGCCCUCCUCAGUUGGGUUAUGUCAGAGGGUUUAACCACCCCUGUGGCUGUUUCUGUGUCCCUGUUUCUGGUGAUCCCGACAAGACUCAAGUCCUGAGCUUUUUCCAGACCGAUCUGGGAGGAUUCCUUCCCCGCUCGGUUGUGGAUUCUUUCUUCCCAGCCAGCAUGGCUGAAUUUUACAGCAACCUGAACAAAGCCGUGAAAUCUUUAAAAGAACAUUAACAAAUAGACGCCCUUUAAAGCAGUUCUUUUUUAGUAAUUGCACUCCUGCUGCUGCAAGAGGAUACCACCAUCCAAUUUAUCUGGACUACUUUUUAUAAAACACUCAGCUGCUAGCAAGUAGCCAGUAGGCAAUUGUUUCUGUAUUCACAUAUAAACAUCAUAAUUACCUUUACUAUGGAAUCAAAUAUAAAUCAAUAUUCUGUAACAUAUAGAGACAAGAAUUCUCUAAAACACAGUUACUUGGUAGCUAUGUGCUCAAAAUGCAUGAAUGUGAAAUAAGAUAUAUGACGGUAAACUCCCCACUUUCAGUUCUAUUACUUGUCCCUGUUUGCAUUAUUGGCAGUGUGUUUUAGAGAAUUAUGUUUGAGUGCAGGGCACUUUUUGAGAACAUUGGUGUUAUAGUGAUGAACUGUAGAAAUUUGAAAUUUGUUGAAAUUAUUUGCAUUUCUGAAUUUCUGUGGUAAGCUGGAAUAUCAGGCAAGAUGGUAAAGAGCUCUCAAUGAGGAAAGGAAAAAUCUAAAGAAUAGCGUCGCUUCUAUUUAGUCUUGAUUCUAGUUUGCUGAAUAUAGGAAGUGUGUUUGUGGCAUGUAACUGUGAACUGUUCUUUUCACACUGUGAUGCACGUUGACAGCAUGACUCUCAAAACAGUUUCUUUGCAGUUCUGUCUUAGUUUUGGCACUGAAGAAAAUAUUAAUAGGUACUUUAAAGAAUCUUAAAGCCAUCAUUAUAUUUUUUCUCAUUUAAUUGCUCACUGUGCAUUUAUAAUUUUUCAAGAAAGUCCCAUUACUUUAAAAUAUUUUUUUCCGUUUCUGUAAAAAUAAUAGAAGUUCUUUAUUAUGAAUAUGAAUCUGUGGUAGUUUUGUACUAUAUAUAUACCUUUGUGGAAGCUUUAUGUAGUAAAGCUUGUGCUGUUUCCCAAAACAUCUAUAAGAGAAAU